AGCACAAGGACUACAGCUUUUAGCAUGUCCAAGGUGGGAGUUGUGCAGUUACAGAGGCGUCUGGAUGGCUUACUGGCCUUCCUUAAUCCGCACUGGGAUUUUGUCAAUUGCCACAUGGUAAACUACUUGACGGACCACCACUGGGAGGGCUUUCUAUCCGAAACGCUAAAAAGUGAGAUCGCCGGAAAGGAAGAUGUGGCUCUGGCCAUAGAAGACCUAUUUUGGGAAACUGAUGAAUCAGUAAGGUUUCCGGCAUGGCGCGAAUUCCUCGGCAAAAGCAAACAAGAACGCCUGGCUCUUCAUCCGGAACUGCUAACCAGCGUGGAGGAACUUAUCGAGGGUCAGGAGAACUCCACGCAGCUAAGCAUUCGGGAGUUUAUGAGCGCCAAAAAGUGCCAUGAGGUGGAACUAGCAGCCGCUCUCGUGGACCAGCUUGUCAAGAACUCCGGUCAAGAAUGCUUCAUUGUAGACGCGGGCGAUGGCAAAGGGUAUCUAUCCUCGCGCUUGGCGCUCCAGUAUGGUCACCGCGUGCUCGGCAUCGACGCGAACGCGGCAAACACCGAGAACGCAUUGAAUAGGAAUCGCAAACUGCAGCGCGCUUGGAAUGGACUCACGGAACGAGCGCAGCUGCAAGUCCAGGGAAUCACGCCCAAGAGACGUGGUAAAAAGUCGUCAGCCAGAGAGAGCAGCAAGAGUGCGCCUGCCUUGGAAAACUAUAAGACAACGGCUAAGUUUAUAACCACCGAACUUAACUUUGGCGCCCUGCUAGCGGAGCAUUUCACUCAGCUUGGACCAGACGACAGUCCAAACAUUUGCCUUACUGGAUUGCAUACCUGUGGCAACCUGGCCGCCACCUGUCUUCAGGUUUUCCACGCCCAAUCGGACUGCCUGUUGCUUUGUAAUGUUGGCUGCUGCUAUCAUUUGCUGCGGGAGCGCUACUCGCAGCAGGAGUUUUUUGGCAAUAAGGCCCUGAUGGAGCUGCAAACAGACUAUGGAUUCCCAUUGAGUCAGUACCUGCGGGAGCGACAAGUGCGCAUGGGUCGCAAUGCACGGAUGCUGGCGGCCCAGUCAAUUGAACGCACCGUGGACGCCAAGGAGCUGCCAAAUGUAACGCUCUACUACCGAGCUCUCUUGGAGGUCCUAGUUAACCGCCAUGCGCCACAGCUGAAGAACGAACUGCAGGUGGGCAAGGUACGGAAAUUCGAGAGUUUCGAGGAGUACAUUCAAAAGUGUGCCACCAAAUUGGAUGCUCCUUGGUUGACAUCUGUCAAGAAAGAAGAACUUCAAUCCCUGCUCCAGGAAUAUGCUCUGGAUAAACACUUUUUGGAUCUGUUCUAUCUGCUGCGCAUGUCCUUUGCUCCGGUGCUGGAGAGUCUAAUUCUCCUGGAUCGCCUGCUCUACCUCAAGGAACUUGGCUAUGAACGCAGCUAUCUGAUAGAUUUAUUUGAUCCCGUCAUUUCGCCCAGGCAUUUUGCAAUUGUUUCUAUAAAGCCGCAAACGCAACAAUAAUGGCAUUUACAAAUGCAUCAAAAGUUUGACGGAAAAGCCGGUUGUGUUUAAUUAUUUUUAGAUUAUUAGCAUGCAAUACUUUUCAUAUCGUAUACGUAUUGCGUUAACGCUGUUAAAAAUAUAACUAGACCAUAACACACAAAAGGUAAAUAAGAUUGUUGAAACUAA